AUGUUAAACGUCUCUCUCUCACUGAGCUGUGAGGGACAGAGUGACUCUCCUGGAUGGAGAGUGAGAGGAUACACACACAGUGGGAAUGUGUCAGAUUGUUCAUCACUCUGGGGAUCAGUUACAGGAUCUAGACGCACCAUCAGAUACCUCUACACAAUACACACUGGAGUGUACUGGUGUCAGUAUGAAUCUGGAGGGAGCAGCAAUCCUGUUAACAUCACAGUGCACAAUGGUGAUGUGAUUCUGGAGAGUUCUGUCCAUCCUGUGACUGAGGGAGAUCCUCUGACUCUACACUGUUUACUUCACCUCAAUAUCACAUCACACCUCAGAGCUGAUUUAUACAAAGAUGGAUCACUCAUCCAGACCCAGACUGCAGGAGAAAUCACCAUCCAUACUGUCUCAAAGUCAGAUGAGGGUGUCUACUACUGUAAACACCCAGAGAGAGGAGAGUCACCACACAGCUGGGUCUCAGUCAGAGCAGUUAAACCUACACCUAAACUCACAUCAAGCCUUAAAGGAGCUGCACUGGUGGGAAACCCAGUGACUCUGCACUGUAAGCUGGACCAGCCUGCUGGAUGGAGCUUUUACUGGUCCAGACACACACAGAACCCUGAGACUGAGACCAACACUGCAACAAACUCCUACAACAUCAGCUCAGUGGCGCCCUCUGAUGGAGGCCAGUACUGGUGCAGAGCUGGUAGAGGAAACCCAGUCUACUACACAAACUACAGUGAUGCAAUCUGGGUAAUCGUUACAGCUGGUGAUUCCUCCUCUCUUGGCCUGGUUGGUUUGGCUGUGGGACUGAGUUUGGUCAUGUUCUUCAUCUUACUGACCUUGCUGUGGUGCUACAAAACCAACAAAGAAUCUCUGUGUCGCUGUACUGGGAGUCAGUCAGACAUCAAUCAGACAUCAGAUCAGACCCAGAGAGAGUCAGGAGAAGCUGCCCACAUAUAUGACACAGCUAAGCCAGCAGACCGGAGCAGCACAGAUGAACCUGCAGAUGACUUCAGUGAUGUCACUUAUGCUCAGGUCAUGAAACACAACAAGAAAAGCAGGAAUAAAGACACUGGUGCUGGACCCAGUGAAGUCACUUAUGCUGAGAUCAAACUGAAACCAAAACAGAAAGUAAAGAAAAAAGAAGAGAAGAGCAGUGUGGGGGCAGACACUGUAUACUCAGAGCUGAGGCAGGACUCACACAAAGGUUGUUGAGGAACAGCAGAGACUGCUGGGAAACAGAGUUCAUUCUCCUGUGUUACUCCCUCAAGUUUCUACAAGACCAGGAGUUUAAAC